AUGCCUGCUUCUUUGAAAACUCACUUUCUCAACGAAGAGUAUGCAAAUCCCUUCAUGAAUGCUUCUGGUGUCCACUGUAUGACUGUGCAGGAACUGGAAGAACUUAGUGCAUCAAAGGCUGGUGCGUUCAUCACCAAGAGUGCCACGACUUCAGAAAGGCAAGGAAAUCCGAAGCCUCGCUAUUGCUCUGUUCCAUUAGGUAGUAUUAAUUCGAUGGGACUUCCAAAUGAAGGCUUUGACUAUUACUUGAAUUAUGUCAUAAAACACCAAGAGGAGCACCCCGGCGAGGCUAUACCCUUCUUUUCAGUAGCAGGAAUGAGCUUAAAGGAAAAUUUGAACCUACUUGAAAGGAUCCAGGAAAGUGACUUUAAGGGUGUGACUGAAUUGAACCUUUCUUGUCCCAAUGUUCCUGGUAAACCGCAAGUCGCUUAUGAUUUUGAGAUGACUGAACAAAUUUUAAACUCAGUUUUCAAGUUCUUUAAGAAACCUCUAGGGGUGAAAUUACCUCCAUAUUUUGAUUUUGCUCAUUUCGACACAAUGGCAAAAAUUCUAAACCAAUAUCCUUUGGCAUAUGUGAAUUGUAUAAAUAGUAUUGGCAAUGGCCUUUACAUUGAUGUCAACGAGGAAAGUGUAGUUGUCAAACCUAAGAACGGAUUUGGUGGUAUUGGGGGUGAGUAUAUUAAGCCUACGGCUCUUGCUAAUGUGAGAGCAUUCUAUACCCGUUUAAAUCCAGAUAUCAAAAUAAUUGGAACUGGAGGUAUUAGAACAGGUCAAGAUGCUUUCGAGCAUCUACUGUGUGGUGCAGCAAUGUUGCAAGUAGGAACCGAAUUAUACAAGGAAGGCGUUUCUAUUUUUGCCCGCUUAGAAAAGGAAUUAAAGGAGAUAAUGAAUCAAAAGGGCUAUUCUUCGAUUGAUGAGUUCCGUGGUAAGCUGAAAAGUCUAUAG